AUGGUCGGCUGUCUACGCCGCCUCAGUAGAAGUCUAUCACGGUGGAUGGUGAGCCGCGGAGCCCGUUGCUUCGUAUUCCUUGGCCGCACAGGUCUAGCCAAGCCAGCUGCCAGGCAAAUUGUCCAGGAGCUGAAAGAGACUGGUGCACGCUGUACCGUCGUAACCGGCGACGACAUUGUGGGGAGUGAUUCAGGCGGCUAUGAGCCUCCACGAAGCCAUCUUCAAGCACAUGCCUCGCGCGCACUAGCUCACAGGCACGCAGGCCGAAGGCUGUUCGCCAUCUACCUCGGAUUGUGCGCUAUAUCUGAGCUCGGAUACCUCCAUGGGCACAGCGAAAUCGGCGAGCUCCUCCUUCGCAAGGGCAUUCGCCCACUCCCUGAGAAUGAAGCCCUCCAAGCCUUCGACUUCGCCCUCUUUUCCGAGAUCGAUCAAGAACAAACCGUCCCUCGGUAUCGUCUCGCACAAUGCCACAUUCUAAAUGGCCUCGAAAACACCGGACUUCAAGACCACCGCAAACAAGGCUUUACAGGUUUCUGGCACAAUCUAGACAACAUCCGCUUCUCGGUACUCAUCAACACUCUGCAGCGCCAGGCAUCUCAGUCCGAAGACGGAAUCAACACCCCUACGUGGUAG